AUGUCGCCCAUAGACCAUGAGGUUAACCCAGAAUCCACAAAGCUCAUCCGCGCAUACAGCUGGGAGGUGCAAAAAAGGCUGCCUCCAGGGAAUGACGCCCACCUUCUGGGCCAGGCUCUGAGCGAUGGGGUAGACGGGGACAAUCUGGAGGAUCUCAGAGCUCCAUGGCGACGGUUCUUCGAGGGCGGGAAAUCUGAUCAAGAAGAGAAUCCAGCCACAAAGAUCAUCGCCAUUGAGUCCGAGCAACUGCGGAAGAAAUGGCUUGCGUUCUACCGCAACUGCCCUCCAGCCGAGCGACUGGACCUGGAUAUGACCGAACCGACGAUGGAAAGCGUUGUCAAGGUGAUGGCAGAUAUCACACACGCCUGGCGCGCCCGGCGAGAGAAGAGUUCAUGGCGAAAGAGAGUCGAAGGGCGCUUCAUCCAGUUCAGUCGGACGGUGAAUGCACACCAGAACUUGCUGCAGAUUCUACCACAGAGCAAUCAGUACGUCUCCCUCUUCACCGGGGCCAUCAACGCGAUCAUCAAGGCGAGCGUCAACCACGAGAAGAUCAUCGACGGACUCACCGAGUCGCUCUGCACCAUUAACGAGGAUAUCGUCCGCUGCCAGCUCGACCAGUCCUUCAUCCAGACGUCUGAGAUGCGGCAGCUGGUCGCCGAUCUGUACGCGCACAUCUUCCUCUUCCUGUCGAGCGUGAUGGACUGGUUGAUGGAGAAACGCUACAAACGCAUGCUCGACUCCUUCAACGAGAGCUUCAGCGCCCGCUUCGACAACGAAACCAGCGCCAUCCACCACCGGGCAGGUCAGAUCCGCGAGCUGGCCGAGCGAGGGGCCCGCGCAGAGGGACGCAUCACCAGAUUGACCGUUGAAGAGCUGCAGAGCGAUAUCCGACUCGGCCUGCAGAAUAGAGCCAGAGAGCAGGCCGACCGAGUGUACUGGGAGCAGCGAAUCGAACAGCAGAUGGCACACCUCGUUGAGAGACAGGAGUUGAUGAGUGAUGCCUGGAAGCAACUGGCGAGCGCUGCGAAACAGUUUCUCCAGGAAGGAGCGACGGACUUUCUCUGGCUGAGCGGAACCGGCGUCCCCCAGCCUGAACCGGCCGUAAUUUUCCCGGUACCGGAUAUAUCAGAUGUUUUGGUCAACUCCCGCCAUCUCGAAGACUUUUUCGCGAGGGACAGGGUCCGCCUGCCGUGGGAUGUCUCUGGCCCCCUCAUGCUGAGCAACGAGACAGUCGCUCGUCUCAGCAGCUGGAGCGAUUCAAACAACCCCUCGACAGUGCUGUGGUUGCAAGGGGAGCCCGUUGAAGCGGACGACAUGGACAACCCGGGCACCGUCACCGCGGCUCGGUUCGUCGAUCUGGCAGACAGGGCGGGCGUGCCUGUGAUUUCAUACUUUUGCCAGCUGAAUCGCCGUCGUCUGCGUAAGUCUGUACCAACGAGAGAGGCCGAGGGACUGAUUGCACUGCUGUACAGCCUGGUACGCCAGACGGUGGAGCUCCUCCUGCCCCGGUUUGAGACGCACGUCGAUCUCUCUGCGACUCGGUUCCAGCGACUCGAUGGAUCGUGGCAGUCUUGGAACGAAGCCACGUCGGUUCUCUGCGAUGUUCUCCGGCUGAUACCUCCGUCUGUGCUCUGCGUGGUGGAUGGGCUGCACUGGCUUGACGAUAAGAGUAUCAGCGAUCAGUUGGCAGGUCUGCUGGAGAUCCUGAUGGGAGGCAGGCUCAGGCUGUUGGUUACCACGACGGGGAGGUCGGCGUGUCUGGGCAAGAUGAUUCCUGCGUCAGAGGCCCUGUCUCUUGAUACUUCUCGGCAGGAGACGCGUGCAAUGGUUUUAGAUAUCUAG